CCCCCCUGCUAACGCCCCCAGGUUCCUAAUGGAUGUGAACCAUGAGAAGUAUGACAACAGCUUCAAGAUCAUCAGCAAUGCCUCCUGUACCACCAACUGCUUAGCACCCCUGUCCAAGAUCACCCGUGAGAACUUUGGUAUCAUGGAAGGACUCAUGACCACAGUCCACGUCAUCAUUGCCAUCCAGAAGACCAUGGAUGGCCCCUCUGGGAAACUGUGGCUGACGGUCACGAGGCUUUCCAGAAUGUCAUCUCUGCUACUGGUGCUGCCAAGGCUGUGGGUGAGGUCGUCCCUUCCCAAAUGCAAGGACCCCACGAAUCCUCUGUGAGCAUAAAUCCUCUGGAAGCACUUUCCUUUCUUACGGCGCUCUUUACAUUUACUGUGCACAGCACCUAACAUAUCUCAUCUUUUAUCUCCCCCACUGGACCACUAGACUGGGAGCAGAAGUGGAAAAUCAGAAGUAUUAGGCGUUGGUCCAGCCUGCAGACUUGUUUUGUUAGUUUGCAUGUUUUCCCCCCACAAAACUUAAUUUAUUAAAAAAAUAAACCUAUGUUAAACAUACAGAAAAUUUGAG